AUGCAGCUGGAGCGGCAAGAGGAUCGGUUCCAGCUCCUCGUGAAGCUGGGAUCAGGCGGGCAGGGAGAGGUGUAUAAGGCCUACGACAAGGUGCUGAAGAAGAACGUCGCGGUGAAGGUAACGCCCAAAAGGCAUCCGGGCAUGAAGGACGAAGAGUGGCAGGAGCGAGCGGUGAGGUCGCUGCGAUCAGAGGCGAGGUUGAUGGAGAGGAUAGGAUCACACAAGAGCCUCAUCGCGAUCGAGGGCAUGUGCGAGACGGAGGAUGCCUGGUUCACGGUGAUGACGCUGGCGGACGGAGGAGCGUUGUUUGAUCACGUUGUGCGGCAUGGGGAGCUGUCGGAGGCGCUGGCGAGCGACUACAUGCUGCAAAUUACGAGCGCGAUCCUCCACCUGCACAGGAGGAAGUUCGUCCACGGGGACGUGAAGCCUGAGAACAUCCUGCUGUGCUCCUCCGACCCGACCUCCAACGUGAAGCUGUGCGACUUCGGGAUGGCGAGGGAGGAGGGGGGAGAGUUUGAGGUGGAGGUAGACAGGGGAACUUUCGACUUCUGGGCUCCUGAGAUCAUCAAGAGGAAGCCUUGCUCCUCCUCCAUCGACAUGUGGGCCCUUGGCGUUGUCCUCUUCAUCAUGCUGUGCGGGUCCCACCCGUUCGACCCCACGGCCUCCUGCUCGGACUCGGAGAUCCUGUCCAACAUCUGCGAGGGGAGGUUGGACCGGAGCAACGACGUGUGGCCGCUGCUCUCCUUGUCCUGCAAGAGCUUUAUAGAGGCCCUGCUCCACCCUGACCCGGAGAAGAGAAUGAGUGCUGAGGAGGCGCUGCAGCAUCCUUGGAUG